UGCGGACAGCUCAUGUCAAUACGACAUGAAAGGCCUGGUGGAUUCAGCCAAUGGGGACGGAGACAUGAUCAGGAACUGUACCAAUCACACAUACUGUAUGAUAGAAACAUUCCAUCAACCAAGUGGAAUGUUUAGUUUUAUUCGCGACUGCAGCAACAACGAUUCCUAUUCCUUUGAACUCAAGCAUCCGGUCACGAUAACACUCCCACCAAAAUCGUCAGACGUCGCAAAUAACAAGACUGUGUGCGGAACGGAAGCGACCGGGGUUUUCAAAGUCUGUGUUCUUCUGUGCGAUCACGACUUUUGUAACGGUCCUACGUGGACGUCGUCGUCAAACAGACCACGUUGUAGCCGUGUGAUUCUUCUAAGCUUUCUCUUGAUUUUGUGGUUUUCCCUGUUUUGA